UAUGAUACACGAGUUGGAGAAAAAGGAGGUCAGUUAUCAGGAGGACAGAAACAACGAGUAGCCAUCGCUAGAGCUCUAGUUCGCAAUCCUAAAAUAUUAUUACUAGAUGAAGCUACAUCAGCUUUAGAUACAGAAAGUGAAAAGGUAACGUUUUUUUCAAAUAAUUUACUUUUGACUUUAGACUUUGUCCACCAGUUAGAUUUUUCUAGAGCACAUAGCACUUCAAUCUAA